CAAAGCCAGAUACAGAUUCAGCUUCUUGGUGCUGUCUGAUGUUUUCCGAUCCAGUCCAGUUACUCAGGAUGAUGAGCAACAGCUCCUUCAUGUUACUUGUGAGCAAGUCCCAGGGAGACUCCAGCACCUUCAUGGAUAGCAUCAUUGAUAAAAUUCAGAUCGUCCUAUACACCCUGACUAUUGUUUUUGGCACCACAGGCAACGGUGUGGUCAUCUGGGUAGCUGGGCUUCGGAUGCCUCCCACUGUCACCAAUGUGUGGCUGAUCAACCUGGCUGUGGCUGACUUCAUCUUCUGCUUGACCCGUAUAUUUUCACUGGUCAAGAACCUCUUCUUUGCCUAUUGGCCCUUUGGUACUUUCCUCUGUAAGUUCAACGGCCUAUUUAAGUACGCCAACAUGUUCUGCAGUGUUUUUCUGCUCAGCAUCAUCAGCAUGGACCGGGCGCUGUGCGUUUGGCGGCCUGUUUGGACCAAGCAGAGACGAACAGUGGCAGCAGCCCGCCUGGUGAGCUUUUUGGUGUGGGUGUUGGCUGUGGCCCUCAGCAGCCCCUAUUUUGUCUUCCGGCGAACAUACCUUGGCAAAAAUAACCUCACCAAAUGCACCAUGGAGCCUGAGAAGAAAGGGAAGGAGGAGACUGGUAAGCAGGUGCUCUACAUGCUGCGCUUCCUGUGCGGCUUCCUGCUGCCAUUCCUUGUUAUCCUGUGCUGCUAUGUUCUGGCAGCUGUGGGCAUCCGCCGCACCAGACUGGCACGCACAACCAAGCCUCUCAAGAUUCUGGCUGGCCUGGUAUCAGCCUUUUUCCUGUGCUGGGCACCCUACCACUUCUUCCUGCUGGCCAAGAUGGUUAAUGGCAAGAGCCAGGUGGUGAAGCUGGGAGGAACAGUAGCCAAGGGUUUAGCCUACUUCAACAGCUGCGUGAACCCACUACUCUACUUCUGCAUGGGUGUGGACCGUAGGAAAAGUUUCAAGCAGAGCUUGUCUGCAGUCUGCAAGCGAGCAAUGGCUGAGGAUGGGGAAGGACCAACAGCAAUAUCUGCAGAGGGUGAACGAAGGUCUUCUUCCCAACACCGCUGUGGCACAGCACAGGAUCAGUCAGUAGGAGAUGUGACAAUAAUAUAGUAGCUAAUGUAAUAUGGCACUGGAUUUUAAAAUGUCUUAAAAACAUUUAUAUUUAGCAGUAAACUUGAACCAGAUUCUACAAUUCAAAAUGUAAAAUCAAGGCCAGGAAGUAAAAAGCGUAUUGGGAAAAAAAACAGUAAAUGUUGAUUCUGUCAUCCAUGCAUGAUCACGUACAGUGCAGUUUGACCAUGCAAUAACAUUUAUGAUGGAUGUGCACAGCAGGAAAUAUGGAUGUGGGACACAGUGUAAACCACUGUCUUAGAUUUGAAUGUUUUGUUGCUGUGAAAUACUUUUUCAUGAUUAUUGUUAUAUACAAGCAGCAGUUUCCAACAGAUUAAUUACUACUGAAUUACAGAAGAAAUUAGCAUGUAAUAAGACAUGCAUAUUUGUGAUAAAAUUCUGGUGUAACUUCAGUUCUUGUCCUUGCAACUAUUUUCAGUGAGCACCAGUACUGGUAUAAAACUCCAGAACACUGACUUCCUCAAGGUGUUUUUAGCAGUCUGUCUAGGAAAUAAGACCAGCAGCAGUUAGUCAAUCCAGAAGAGUGUAACAGGGACAUGUAUCAGUGCCUAUAUUCCUACAUUAUAUGUUUAGUUGUAUUUAAGUGGUGGCUCCUUCUGAUAUAUCCACUGUUGAAAUAAAUUCCCUGUUUCCAGUUCAU